UCGGCGGGUGACGGUCCUUCGAGCGGGAGAUUACAGCCUCUCGUCCAGCGACUGACAACCCUUCGCCAGGCAGUCGCUCGCUCUUGUAACCUACGUCCGCACAGUCCCCGGUCCUGAUACUUGGCAAGAUGAGGACGGGCGUGGCUCUGUUGGUUCUGGUGGCAGUGAUGGCGGCCGCCCACGCAGCCUCCUUACCCUACCCCGCCCUCGCCGCCCACGACGCCCCCGAAAUCCAUCACGUCCAGAGCCAUAUUGUCGACGACAUGUAUCAAAAGAUCUCCGGAAGAAAACCUGGAGAGAAAACUGUACAGGAACCAUUAAAGAACCCAUCUGGGGAGGCUAGCUCGUCCGAGGAGUCAGAGAAGUCAUCAGAGGAGUCGUCAGAGGAGUCAUCAGAGGAGUCAUCAGAGGAGUCGUCAGAGGAGUCGUCAGAGGAGUCGCCAGGGGAGUCAGGGAAGUCAUCAAAGAAGUCAUCAGAGAAGUCGUCAGAGAAAUUAUCACAGGAGCGCAACACUGAACGUGGGGUGGUAUUGUUGGGGCCAAAAGCUGAAUAACCAGAAGUAGAUUACAGGGGAUGAAUAAUCAGAUUAGAUAAGAGGGACUGAAUAACCAGAGGUAGAUUUAAGGGAUUGGACAACAACAACAACAACAAUAACACGAAUAACAUCAACAACAACACCACCAAGGAGUCACUCAGAGGAAGUGCCUGUUAACUUGAAACUGGAACCUGUCUUAAGUGUAAAUUUUGCUUGAAUUUGAGCUGAUGAAACCAUAUCAUGGUUGACGACACACACACACACACACACACACACACACACACACACACACACACAAAUAUCAAGUAUCAAUACCCUUGUCUCCUCUAUUUGUAUAUGAAGAUACAAUAACUGUAUUAUGAAGAUACAAUAACUGUAUUUGCUGUUUAAAAAUUAUUUGCAUGGCCCUAAACGGGUUUGGUGAAUUCUCAUUUUAUCCAUUACAGCCAAUAUCACCAUGUAUCCCAGAAGCUCAGAUAUUCAUGUGUAAUAUACAUAUGAGUACUAUUUCUAUUAUGUAUAAUUAUGAGUUUUACUAUAUUUUCAUGCAUAAUAUACGGCCUGAAACGGCGUU